AAAAUUGAUUUUCAACUCUAAUUAACCAUGCAUCUAUACAUGAUACCUUCUCUUCAUCCAUCAUAUGCGCCGCCAACAUAUCUUUCUUUCUCUCUUUGCUCCACAGAGGCUUCCAACACCAACCAAUUCUUUUCUUCAAGUUAUGGAUCCGCAAUGGGCUGACCUUCUCCUGAGUCCCAUCAUCAAUACCACAAUUUCCAAGUUGAUUUCCACUGCUGCUGAGCAAAUCAGCCUUGCUAUCGGCUGGAAGAAGGAGCUUGAAACGCUUCAGAACAAACUGCGCAUGAUCAAGGAUGUGUUGCUGGACGCAGAGGAGAGACAGGUGCGAGACCAUGCUGUGAAGGAUUGGCUUGAAAAGCUCAGGGAUGUGGUUUUUGAGGCUGAUGAUGUGCUGGAUGAGGUUGCUUACGAAAGUGAGAAGUGCAAGGUGGAGAAUCAAAACCAAAAGCUGAAAAAGGUGCAUAAAUUCUUUACCUCCAAUCCCCUGCCAUUUCGUAGUGAGAUUGCUGGGAAGAUUAAGAAAAUUAUUGCAUCGGUGGAAGUUAUUAACAAUGAAGCGAGAGAGUUUGGACUCCAAAAUAGACUUGCUGGCACAGUGGUUUCUGAGAAUAGAAGAAACGCACAGACCCAUUCCACUAUUGGUGAUUUAUCAGAGGUUGUGGGGAGAGAGGAUGAUAUCUCCAAAAUAGUGCACCUCCUAAGUGACUCAUCUAAUGAGUUACGCCUUUGUGUAUUGUCUUUAGUGGGUAUGCCGGGUCUUGGUAAAACCACUUUAGCACAAGCUGUGCAAAUGCUGGAGUCUCUCACUGGGAAUUCUUGUGCAGUAAAAAACAAAGAUACUGUGAUUCAAAAAAUAAGAGAAGCCAUGGGGGAGAACAACUUUCUUCUGGUAUUGGAUGAUAUGUGGGAUGAAGAGAGUCAUGGGAAAUUUGAAGACUUGAGAAGCUGUUUGCUAGGAGUAUGUAAAAUGUCAAGGAAUAGAGUUAUUGUGACAACUCGUAAUGAAAAAGUUGCAUUGAAAAUGAGAACACUUCCUAAACACAUGCAUCAUCUUGGGAAACUACAAAUUGCUGACUGUUGGUCUAUCAUCAGGAAGAGAGUACCAGGAGAUGCUUCUCUAACUCUAGAAUUGGAGAAAAUCGGAAGGGAUAUUGCUCAAUUAUGUGGAGGUGUGCCAUUAGUUGCAAGGGUUUUAGGAGGUAUUUUGAGUACAGAAAGGUUGGACGAAGUCACGUGGUUGUCAAUUAAAAGCAAGAUUGAGGCAUUGGGUCCACUUGAACAUGAUACAGAAAUCAGAGAUUUUGUUAUGUAUAGGAAGAUGUUGAUUCAGCUUUGGAUGGCUAAGGGAUUUCUCCAAUUUACCGAAGAAAGUCUUAUGACAAUGGAGGAUGUCGAAUUGCCACCAUGUUUUGGCAACAUAAAGAAUCUGAGGUAUCUAGACAUUUCAAGAACUCAGAUAACAAAAUUGCCAAAGUUCAUCCCCAAGCUAUACAAAUUGCAGACAUUUAAAUUCAUGACUUGCAGAUCUCUAGAAAUGCCUCCUGAAGGAAUUGGAAAUUUAAUCAACUUGAGGCAUAUAUACUUCAGUGAUGAAGAGCAGAUGCCUGCAAACAUUGGGAAACUAAUGUGUCUUCAAACAUUGCCAAAGUUCUUUGUAGGCACAACGAAGGGACGCAAAAUUGAAGAAUUGGGCAACUUGAGAUGGCUCAGAGGAAGUUUGCAGAUCUAUAAACUUGAGCAUGUUAAGGACAGAUCAGAAGCUAUGGGAGCGAAGUUAAAUGAGAAGACAAUUUCUAAGUUGAGAUUAAGAUGGGGAAAAGAAAGCAAUCAAGAUGAAGAUGUUCUAGAAGGUCUCCAACCACACUCAGAUCUGCAACUAUUAGAAAUUGAUGGUUAUGGAGGUAAAAACUUACCGUCAUGGAUGUCGAAGAAUGUUUUGAAUUGUGAUUUGUUUUUGCUCAAGAAUUUGGUGGAACUGAGAAUUAUGCAAUGUAAAAAGUUAGAAAGUAUUCCAGUAAUGACAGGAUUUUCAUCUCUUCAGAUGCUUUUUAUUUCAAGCUGUAUUGAAUUGAGUACCAUAGUCGAUGGAGCAUUUGCUAAAUUGGCGUCCCUUAAAGGAUUACACAUACUCAAUUGUCCUAAGUUGGAAAGGGCUUCAUCCAAUGGUUUAUUAUCCCCACAGUCACUCUUAAUUCCCGAUUGCAGAGAGUUGAAUAGCCUUUCAACCUCCACGUGUCUAAAAGUUUUACUUUUGCGUGGCUGUAAAAAUCUAAGGUCUAUUCCAAGUCUACGUGGGCUUAGUUCUCUUGAAGAGGUAGUAUUUAUAGAUUGUGGAUUAGAGCAGCUACCCAGCGGGCUAUCAUCUUGUAUUGCUCUUAAGGAGUUAAUAAUAGCCAGAUGCCAUAGCCUGAUCUCUAUUCCAGAAGAACUGAAGGAAAUACAUUCUUUGGUUGUUUUGUGGAUUCACUGGUGUUCAAAAUUGAGGAGCAUCCCAGAAAAUACCCUCAAUUCCCUUACCAGCUUGAAGACAUUGUAUAUUGGUGGUUUUUCGGAAGAGUUAGAGGAAUUUCCUGGUCUCAGUUCUAUCCACAGCCUCCAAGCCUCCCUUGAAUACUUGAAUUUGACUGGAUGGGGAAAACUAACUGAGUUUCCACAUCAAAUUCAAAAUCUAAAUCUUACUGCUCUAAAAAGCGUGUCAAUAACAGAUUUUAAGGAAGUGGAGACAUUACCGAAGUGGUUAGGAAACUUAUCCUCUCUUAAAUCACUAUCUAUUUGGGGAUGCCUUGGAUUAAAGUAUCUACCAAGUGGGUUGUCGUGCUUCACUACUCUCGAGCGGCUUACCAUAUACAGAUGUCCUAAUCUGGUCUCUGCUAGAUUAGAGGAGAUCCUCGGCGGCCUUGCUCGCUUGAAGACAUUAUGGAUUGGUCCUUUCUCAGAAGAGUUGGAGGAAUUCCCAAGUCUGAGUUCCAUUCACAACCUUGGCACUUCCCUUGAAGAAUUGCGUUUGUAUGGUUGGGCAAAGCUAACUCAGUUGCCACAUCAAAUUCAACACCUCACAGCUCUAAGGCACUUGUCUAUAUGGGAUUUCCAUGGAGCAAAAGCUUUGCCAGAGUGGUUGGGAAACUUGUCAUCUCUUCAAGAUCUAUGCAUCAAGUACUGCGAGAAUCUGGAACAUCUCCCUUCUGCAGAAUCCAUUCGGCGUCUCUCCGAAUUGAAAUUCCUUGAGAUUUCAGAAUGCCUAGUGUUAGAGACAAGAUGUCGCAAGGAAAGCAAUUCAGAGUGCUUUGCCAGAGUGGUUGGGAAAUUUGUCAUUUCUUCAAAAUCUAACGAUUACACAUUGCAAGCAUCUGAAAUAUCUCCCUUCUGCAGAAGCCAUUCGAUGCCUCUCCAAAUUGAAUUUCCUUCAGAUUUCGAAAUGCCCAGAGUUAGAGAUGUUCUUGGAGGUGCUCAAUUUUGGUCAAUUGGAAACAUAUCUUGUAUCUCUAUUGUGUUCAUAGAAGAAAAACUAUUGCAGGUGGAUAGGAAAGAGGAUUUACAGAAUUCAGAAAUGAACUCCAGCAACAAGAACCAAGACUCUACCUUCAGUCAUCUUAGCCCACUUAAAGUAUCAGGGAAGGCCAUACAAGGAUUACUGCGGCUAGAGGUUUCUCUUUAGGGUGUUCUAAAGGAACUUUGACCAUAGAGAGUCAUUGUACAAUGUUCUCUUAAAUGAGAGGUGUAUCUUUUUAUUAUUGUUCCAAUUUUUUCUAUGUUUUGUGUUUGGCAAAACUUGAGACACAGUCAUUGUACUAUUCAAUUUAAUAGUGGAUUUUCUUGCGGUUUUAGUCCUGUGUUUUUCCCCUCCACAGUGGAAGGUUUUCCACCUAAAUUCUAUGUUAUAUGCUAUCUAUAUUUUUUAUAGUGCCUAAUACAUUUAUAUGGCCGUC